CCAAAGUAGCAUCAAGCGACUUGCAUUACCAUUAACAUAAUCUAGUACAUAUUUAUUUAUUUAUUUAUUUAUUAAUGUCUUCUUUUUAACUCGUCAGACGAGAUUUUGUUAUAUGCGCGAUACUUUCCUAAACUAGAUUACCAAGUUCUAAAACCGAAUAUAUAAAAUAUAUUUAUUUGAAGUGACAGUGUGCAAGUGCCAUAGGAUUAUUCUACCGUUCCAAAAAAGACAGACGUGUACACGAUGGACAGGACGCGGCGGUCCAUACGGAAGACAGCACUGUCUCUUCUUCUACCACUUCUGUUUGCUAGCGUGAGGUGCGAGGCACCCCUCGUCGAUAGCAGCGCUCUUCCCCUUGAGCACAGAUCGGUUUAUGGUCCCCCGGCGCAAUAUGGGCCCCCGCAGUCCCACGCGGCGGAGGAGAACUGGCCCCUGGCGUCGCCAGACACGCCGCAGAUAAAGCACCUCCAGGUUCAGUGCGAGAAGACGCACAUGCGAGUCAACAUCGAAUUCGACAGGCCGUUCUACGGGAUGAUAUUCAGCAAGGGUUUCUACUCGGACCCUCGUUGCGUGCACUUGAAGCCAGGCACGGGUCACCUCAGCGCGACCUUCGAGAUCUACCUAAAAUCUUGCGGCAUGAGCUCAUCCGCCAAUCACAACGUCGCCGCAUACGGAGCGCCGACGCCCUCGGGCAGCUACGUCGAGAACACGAUAAUCAUCCAGUACGAUCACUACGUCCAGGAGGUCUGGGACCAGGCCCGCAAGCUCCGCUGCACGUGGUACGACUUCUACGAGAAGGCCGUCACCUUCAGGCCCUUCCAGGUCGACAUGCUUAACGCCGUCACGGCCAACUUCCUCGGGGACAAUCUUCAGUGCUGGAUGCAGAUCCAGGUCGGCAAGGGACCCUGGGCUUCUGAAGUAUCCGGUAUCGUCAAGAUCGGACAGACCAUGACCAUGGUUCUAGCUAUCAAAGAUGAUGAGAAUAAGUUUGACAUGCUUGUAAGGAAUUGCGUGGCUCACGACGGCAAAAGGGCUCCGAUUCAACUCGUUGAUCAAUACGGAUGCGUCGUUCGACCCAAGAUUAUGUCCAGGUUCCAAAAGAUAAAGAACUUCGGUCCGAGUGCAUCCGUAGUCAGUUUCGCCUACUUCCAAGCGUUCAAGUUCCCGGACAGUAUGAACGUCCAUUUCCAGUGCGUGAUUCAAGUCUGUCGCUACAACUGCCCCGAGCCCAAGUGCGGUCAUCCUGGUCUUGAGUACGGAGCCCCAGCCGGCCUCACUCAGGAAUAUGGCGUGCCUGUCGGUCCCCAGAGUCUAGGCCAGAUCAACUCCGAUUAUGGAGCGCCUCCGGUGCCAGAGUACGGCGUUCCUCCGGCUUAUCCAGACCCGAGGCAUCCUAGUGGCCCUGCAGGAGCGUUCAGCGAGCCAAGUCCUGACGUCGUACCUGCACCGCAGGCUCAGGCCUCGUCUUCAUCCCCGAGCUCGACACCCGGAGAUUCUACGUCGAGCAGCGUACCCCAGAAUUCGCAGGAUGACCGCAUCCACCUUCCACCACCUCCGCCACCUGGACACCCUGCAGCUGCGUACCAGACUGUCAAGAGGAAAGGAACCGUCGGCCCCGACGAACUCGAGGGCAAUCUUGCCACUCUUGGAGGUCGCCCGAGGUCCGUUGAAGGACUUCCUGCUGAACUCAGAGGAGCCCGAAGGCGAAGAGAUAUGCACGCCAAUGAAGAUGAUUUCUCUGACAUCUACCAUACGGUGAGCUUGGGUGUUUCCCACGUCUACAAGCGUGCGGCUCAGGAAAUGACGGACGUUAACACAUCCAGGAUAAUCCAAGUUGUUGCACCCGGAGACGUGAACUUCGCGUUGGGAACUACCGCGGGCAACGACUCAACGGUGGUCAUACAGAACGCCGAUCCGGAAACGAUCUGCAUGUCGCUGCCAGGCUUCGUCGCUGGCUUAGUGAUGCUGUUGUUGGUCGUAGUGGUCGCUUCCCUGGUGGCAGCUUUCCUCUUCGUCAGAGUGCGCGCCGUCGACCGGAAGAACGGAAACGCGUCACCGAGUUUCGUGCACCCAGCAUUCGCAGAGAACUGCAAUGUCAACCCGGAGUUCGUCAAGGUCGCGAACUGAGGAUCCCUUGAGGAAGCGAAACGAUCACGAGAUCAAACGAUUAGCGAUCUACGACCCCUUCGGGCCCCCAAAAACCAUCCACUGCGCUC